GUUAUUGUAUAACAUAAUUAUAUCUAAAGAGCUGUAAAAAGUACUAUCUAGUAUCAUUUUAUGAUUCUUAAUAAAUACGUACAUUAUUCAAGCAUAAAGCAAAAAUUCAAGCGUAAAUAAGCAUUAAGAAACAUUCGGUAAAAUAUUAAUACGAGUGCAGUAACUAGAUACGAAUGCAAUUAUUCAUUGUGCUGCUGAUCAUAGGUCCAGAAUUAUGGCUGCCAAAAUGCUAAUUUAUCCUGCAGCUGAACGUAACAAAAAUCCAAUUUUGUCAGUUCUUCAAAAAUAUAUUCAGCAUGGUCCAGAUAAAACUUUUUUGGAAAUUGCAUCUGGUUCUGGACAACAUAUAGCCCAUUUUGCUACUCGUUUUCCUCAAAUUUCAUUUUAUCCUUCAGAAUAUGAAUCAAGGCUAUUCGAAAGUAUUGCAGCUCAUACAAAUGGGCUUAUAAAUGUGAAAGACCCUUUAAAGAUAGAUAUCACAACAGAUUUUCAUACUUGGGGUAAUAAUAUCUUUAAAGAAGCCAAUAUUGAUUAUAUAUAUAAUGCAAAUAUGAUACAUAUUUCACCUUAUCAGUGUUGUGUUGGUUUAUUUAAUAAUGCGGGUAAAUUGUUAAAGGAUGAUGGUAUUUUAUUUACAUAUGGACCUUAUGCUAUAGACGGAAAAAUAACGCCAGAAAGUAACGUUAAUUUCAAUAAAUCAUUGAAGCUUCAAGAUUCAAACUGGGGCCUGAGAGAUAUUAAUGAUCUGAAAGCAUUAGCAGAAAAGAAUGGUAUUAAGUUAAUAAAUGUUAUUGACAUGCCUGCUAACAAUAAAACUAUUAUAUGGAAAAAAAUGUUAAGUACAUAGUAACGGUGAAGUAAUUGAGUCAGGAAGAUGAAAAAUAGU